UUGCUUUACUCGAUUUUGUUGCUUUGAAAGAACGGCAAGUCCUUCGAGGCCUUAGACAACGCUUCGACCAAGUUCCCCAAUGUCUGAGCAACCGGCUCUUUCGCCGCCAUCUCCGACGUCGCUAUCGGUCAACUCCAGCGGCGUACGCGAAGCUAUCAGAUUUGUAGCAGGAGAAGAGAGAGAGAAGCCCGAGGAAUCUGCCGCACCAUCGGGUUUAUUCAUCGACGAUGCCAAGUCCCGGCUGCAGUCUCCCUCCGUUACUCCGCGUGCUAAGAAAGGUCACGGCCGGCGGAAGAAGAACCCUCUCACUCCAAAGCAACGCGCAACCGCUGAACGCAAUCUCAAGAUCCUCUCCGAAAAUUUCCGCCCCGUUCCGUUCUCCCCGGCUAAAACCGUUAAUUUCUCCGCGCACGAAAAUCUAUUCCGCGCGCUUGGUCUCUGGGAUUUUGCCCACUUAGAACUUGAUCGUGAGGUGCGAUCCGAACUUCUUGUCCAUCUGAUUGCUUACUACGAUUCUUCCAGUCGCCGCAGCUACGUCUAUGGCGCGCGAAUCUCAGUUCGGCGCAGUGAUCUGGCUCGUGCCCUAGGCUUGCCUGUCAAGAAAGAGAAAGCUAAUGCGUUUGAGUGCAAGGAUGAGGAUGUGAGUGUCCUUCUGGAUUUUAUUUCGAAUUACAUGCCCUACGGAGACGAUAUGUGUAUAUUACCUCCGGAAAUCAUGCAGGCAACUAAGUUUGUAAGGGAGAAAGAGCCUCAAAAGGUGGAUUGGGCAGCGUUGAUGUGGGUUUUGGUGGAGAAGGAGCUCUCGGAGGCUUCCAAAUCCGGAGUUUGUCACUGUGCCUCCCAUCUGCAGUGUUUGAUUAAGCACCAACAGCCUCAUUUAUUCCAAAAGAAAGAAGAGCCUGUAUUGGAGUCUGUGGUUGAGGCUCAAGAAGAGGAGGUUUCGGUGGCAGAACCAGUGCUAAGCAUGGCGAAUGAUAAAACUACUGUGGUAGAAAAUGAGGUUGCUGUGGCAGAAGAGGAUGUUAAUUAUGAUGAUGUUAAUGCGAUGAAGGUGCGGAGCUUGAACGAUUUGGGGGAUUUGGUACCUGAGAAAGACAAUGGAGAGUUGGGAUUGACACUUGGUGUAGAAGAGAGUGUAAUGGAUGGUUUUGAUGAAGAGAAGGUGGGAGAAGAUGACGAGUGGCCUGAAGAAGGUGAGAAUGAGGCCUUUGAGCAUUGCUUUCGCCGCUGCAAUUCUAGAACUGCUGCAGACAUUGACUUUGAGAAUUUGACUAAGCAUGAGCAGGAGAGUGAGGAGCUGGGGUAUGCGGAUGGCCUGUCGGAAAAGUUUUCUAAUUUGGGGAGGAUAUCAUCAACAGACCUCUUACAAGCAAUGGCAAACACGAGCAAUAUGAGUAUUCCUUAUGAUCAGCAAUUGAACUCCUUCAAUGCAGCUUCUGGACAAUUUUUGACAAUUGGUGAUGAGUCUAAUAAGGAUAUGCUGGGCCAUGGUCCAAAUGGCUCCCUGUAUUCUGGGAAUAAUGGUAAAAGACAAGCUAGUGCAAUGGGUGCUGCAGAGGAAGACCAUUUGGAACAUAACUUGCAAAAAAGGAUGCGCAGUGCUGAACCUUGGGGUAAUUUGCCACUAUCAUUUGAUGAGUGCAUGGAGUACAUGCAGACAGGUUUAGCAAGAGUCAAAUUUCUAUACGCAGAUAAAGAUAAAAAAAUGGCGAAUAUGCAAAUGCAGAUACCCUAUUUGAAUCAGAUGUUGCAAGAGAAGGAGCAGAGCAUUCAAUCAUUGAGGAUGACGAUUGAAGAGCAACAACAUUGGAGGAUGGUAGUUCGCCAUUAUGAGCAUGAACUGUCUUUGAUGACCCAAAUGCUACUUGGUUAUAAGAAAGCAUUAAAGGAGACUCGAAAUAUUUUUUCUGAAUAUAGAAAGAAAUGCUCACAAGAUGAUGGAACUCUUCACGAGGCUGUUCCCGGGACUGGUGGUCUGGUUCCAAGUGUGAUGGAGUUUGAAAAAUGCCAAUUAGAGAAAGAGGAGAAGGAGCGCCAGGAGUUGUUAGCCAUAUUUGAUAGUCUUGUGAAGGUCUUGAUGAACUUUAGCAAAUAUGAAGAGCGCAUCAUGAUGUACAAUAUAAAGCUGGUGGAUCUAGCUAGAGAAGUCAAACAACUGAAAGAAAGGCACAAGGACCAAUGUCUUCUUAGGACACGUAGUCCUGCAGCUCCAGGUAUUUUAGCCUUAAAACUUUAUUGACCAAGUAUAAAGUGUGAUUAUUAUUCA